AUUUGAACACAGCGAAAAUGUUCUCAUGUCUCCAUGGAAAGGGAAAUUAAUUGUUCAAGACCGUAUGUUAUGUGAUAUAGCUCUUCGGUCCACUUAUGGUACAGCGAUUCCAACACAGCUACCACAGGAACUAGAUUUUAAAUAUGUAAUGAAAGUGUCUUCCUUGAAAAAAAGACUACCAGAGGCUGCCUUUAGAAAACAGAAUUACUUGGAGCAAAAAGUCUGUUUCCAAGAUUUGUGCUUCAAUUUGUAUGAGGUGGAACUCUCCAACAGACAAGGGGAAAAUAUAGAUAAACUAACAGAAUGUAUUAAAAACAAGCAAUUGGCAAUCAUCAAAUGCUUAGAAGAUCGAGGGUUUUUCAUUUUACUUACAUCAUCAGCCUUACUGUCAGAACCAGAUUUUGGAGGCAAGCAGAUGGGUCUGCAUGGGUUACAUUUAUUCCAUUCACCCCGGUCAGCAGGGGUGAAAGAUUUGAAAGUUGAAGAUGACGUCUCAGUGAAGGUGAUACCUAUUUUACCUGCCCUUAAUUGUGCCCUGCUAGAAACAAAGAAAUCACUUCCUGAAGAAAGAAUCCAUCCAAACACAUUAGUAAAGCAUCACUUUCAAGAACUCUACAAGGCGGACAGAAGCCCUUCAUUGGCUGUUGCUCCUCACGAGAGAAUGAAAGACCCUAUAUUCUUGGGGAAAUUGCCCAGUGGUUUUGACUUGAUUCCUCCAGCUGAAAAGUGCCCUUUAGAGUCUUUAACUGAGUUGCACUCUUAUUUUGCAGACCCUAGUGCUUACAUUUUGGAAGUGUCUACUGCUUUGGACUUGUUAGCAGAGCAUCCUCAGUCACCUUCUGUUUCAGAUGGAAUUUGUGAUGCUGGAUUUUCUUUAGUAAUGACUCCAGAUCCUGAAUUUCUUGACUCAGAGGCAGAAGUAAGAAAAGAAACUGAAACAAGAAAGAAUUCUGAAGAAGUGUUGAAAGCAAAGAAGAGAGUUGUGGUUCCAUUGAGUCCAUCGUCAAAUCUGAGAGUGCAGCCUAAAAGGAAGGCCAGCAUGCCACAUGUGGUGCAGAGUAAAAAGAUGAACUUGUGCCGCCCCUUUCCCAAAAGAACUGCUCCCAGAGCAGACAACAGCUCGGACUCUCCAACAACGCUUAAGUUAGUUAAAGGACAGUUUCCUCAGAAAAGAAAAAGAGGUGCCGAAGUGCUGACUGCACAGUUUGUACAGAAAGCCAAAUUGGAUAGAAAAAACCAAGAAGCUCAUAUUUCUAAAGAUGUUCCAGUGCCAACAAAGGCUAAAAGGGCAAGGAAACAAGAGAAAUCUCCAGUCAAAACUGUUCGAAGGGCUAAGCCACCUGUGAAGAAAUCUCCACAAAAACAGAGAGUAAAUAUAGUAAAAAGCAAUCAGAACCCCAGAAUCAGAAAGCAGCCACAACCUGUCAAAGGAGAAACUGUUUCAAAGCUUCAGUCAGAAAUUUCAAGAGAUGGUCAAGAAGAUGGGAUCAGCAUAAAUAAUGUUCAACCAGAAAAUACCACAGUGGCUCACAAUGAUCUUGCUGAGAACUCCAUUGUCAACUAUGACUCCCAGGCCCUAAAUAUGUUAGCUGAUCUAGCAUUAAGCUCUGCUACCUCUUCCACACAAGUAUCUGAGCCUAGAAAUCUUCACUGUUCCUCUGAAUUGCCACAGAAUGAUAUUUUGCUCUCUAAAGAAAAUUCUUUGCGAGGUACAUCUGACCAUGAAUAUCAUAGAGGAGUUAAAAGUCAAAAAGGUGGAUUACUACCUAACCCAUCCUCUGAUAGGAAGAGUAAUUCUGGGUCAGACUUAACUGUUAACCAAAAUGAAGAAAGCUUGGUUGCUUGUAGUCAGACCCCUGCUAAAGCCCAGUCAGCACUGACUGAGGAAACACUAGAAUCUUCAGAUGCAAGCCAGAGCUCUUCUGUUUCUGUGGAACAUUCAUAUGCUCUGCUCCUUACAGAAGAGUUAAAGAAACAUCUUCAGGAGAAAGAGACACCAAGCCCUCCCUUUCCCAAGAAUGGGACAAAAAGCCCUGAAGCAGUAACCCCAGUGGGGAAAGUCAUGCCAUUUCGGCAUCAGCCCGGCCUUUUGCUUCAGCCAAAACCUUCUGAUGAGCCGGUGGUGAAGCACAAGGAUCGACCGAAGUCUUCCAGUGCGAAAGAAUCUUCUUGCUCUCAUAUAGUGUUUAACUGUGAUGACUCCGUUAAGAUCACUUUCAAAUGUGAAACAGAAUAUGCAUUCAGCUUAGACAGCAAAUAUACCAACCACCCACUGGAGAAAACUGUAGUAAGAGCAUUACAUGGGCCCUGGAAUACUGAUUUGCCUGAUAAUGUGGAAGAAGUGAAGCUUUUACUUCAUAUGUGGGUAGCUCUGUUUUACAGCAAUCAGAACAAAGUCAUACGAUCUUCCCGAAAGGUGGUAGAACAUAGCAACCCAGCAAAAUUUGUGUCUAUAAAUAGCACGUUAGAAUCUUGUGAGCUCAGUGAAAUUGAGGAGUCCCUUGGUUUGGAAAGAUGUUCUGCAGAUCCUCUGUUGGAGACUAACGAAAUUUCCAGGUGUCAUGCUGAAGUGUCCUUCCGUGAUCCUAACUGCUUGCUUCCUUUCAUUAAAACACCUCCUACCCGAGGCUUGGAACUCUGUGUACAAAAUAAACAGAAAAAAACUUUUGCAAGAGAAUAUCAUCCAAUUAUCCAAGAAAACCAGAAUUUCGUCUGUUCUUAUAAUAAUGAGGUAAUUGGGGAAGACGCAAAACAAGAAUCAUCAGAUAAACUGGAGACUUCUAAUCUUGUGCUUUCUGCUAUUGGAACUACACAAACUAAUGGACCUUCUGUUUCUAGCGAAGAAGAAAUUUUUCAGCCACUGGAUAGCACAAGAGUUCCUUCUUACAGUGGCACUGUUACUCAAGCCACAUUCACUAGGACUUAUGAUGGGACUGGUAGUCAGCCAGUGAUGUGUCAGAGCUCUGUGUACAGCACCCUUGAAAACAAAGUGGAUGUUCUUGAUGCACCCAUACAAACAAAAACAGAUGCUUUACAGGACUGUAUCCAACAUAGCAGCCCCAUAAACAGUGAAUGUCAGCCUUCCUUGGAAAGGAAAGAUGAUAAUAUGGAGUAUGUAAUGAUUAAUCUGGAGCCAGUUACUCUCCCCUUCGAAAAAAAAGCAUAUGUACCAAUACAGACAGAAGUUGUAAAUACAGCUGAUGAACCUACAACCUUUAAUAAUGAGUUGAUUAAGCAAGUAUCACCUGCUGCAAGCCUUAGACAUCCUGUAUCGACCUUGGAUAAAACACAAACACAAGGCCUUAGGGACAUUCCCUCUCUGGUAGUGGCAGGACAGAAAGGCCUUUGUACCUCCUCAGUAGGUAGAGAGACACUUGAUAAAGAAAUGUGUUCGUUACAGAAAGAGAUGCCUCUUCCAGUCUCACUAUCGUCUGAUAAAGGAAUGGUAAUGGAGGCAUUAUCAUUAGUUAAAAGUUCUAGUUAUCCAUUACCCAGUGAGGAGGUGAGAUGCACUCAGGAUUUCCUUUCACAGACUCGGAGUCUCCUCGGCCUAUCUUCAGAAGGACUUCUAGAACUGACACAAGUUGAAGUUGACUCAUCAUCACCCUUUACCUCUUUGGGAAAGCAGUGUUCACUUAACCGCAUUUCAUCAGGAUGCUACACAUCAGGUGACUCUUUGGAACUAAGAAAGAAUGACAAGAAUGGUCCAAACAUUGAAAAGAUGAAUUUCAAAGCAUUUGAUUCAGUAUUUAUCAAACAAACAAGCCUGUCUGUGAAUAGAGGGGUCAGCCUAGAGUUACCAGAGGAAGAUUCUGACAUUGACUUAGCGCUAACAAUAUCACCACCUACAAGUCCCAGAGAAGAAAUGCUAGCUGGUGAAAUAGAGCAACUUCAGGAGCCCCCAUUCUCAAAUUUAGAACAUCAGGAUGUAGCUAAGGAAAUAGGUAAACCAGAAGAGGUGGCUCUCACAGAAAGCAGAGAAGUGAAUUCUGCUGAUUAUGAGUUGGUAUAUCCUGCAGUGUCAGAAGAACCAGUAGAAAAUAAGGACAGAAAAGGGGAUAAUUUACAGCCAGUUACUUUAAUACUUUCAAAAGAAAAUUGCACCCUUGAGAUUGCAGAGGAAAUUAAUGUGACCUCUGAUUUUCCCUUUGAUCCCUUAAUUGAGGAAGUAUCACCAGCUUCUAGUCCUGACCCUCCACUACCAGUUAAAGAGACACGACCAUAUCAGGCUGUGACUCCAUGCAUUUUAAAACUUCAUGGUACACAGUGUGAGAAGAGCAACAGAGUCUCCCAGCGUAAGUCCGAAGAUUUAGGCAUAACAGAAAAAGAAAAUUUUUUUGUUGGUCCUACCCAUCCAGUGGGACAAGAUAAUUUUACCCAGGUACAACAAAUGCAGGUCUCUGCUGAAAUCCCUCUAAUAAUAACUGAUCAUCCAGGAAGAAAAGGUAGACCAACCCUUCCUGGUAAAGUAACUGAGGAAAUUGUCUCAAGUGAGCAUGAUAAGGAUUUAUCUGUCUCAGGAAAGGUGCAGUGCUGUGGUAGGGAGUUAAACCAGCCUGCCUCAGCUGCUGAAUACAGAGGUGACUUCAGUCCUACUCCUGAAAAACUGGUAAAAUCAGGAAAUCUGUUGCAGCCAAUUAGUGUAGAGAACAGAAAUUUGGACCUGAAACAUCUUGUCUUGGAGUCCAGUGAACCUCCACUUGGUCCUAGAAAUGUUACUGAAAACAAGUCUUUGUCUGGCACAUUGGUUUCCACAGCUGCACCAAGUGUUACAGUGAAUGUGUCGGUAAAACAGCAGACUAGCCCUAAAAGCAGUCAGAAAAAUCUCUUUAACAGUGAUCUGAAAGCAGAUGAAGGCAUUUAUCCACAGGUGAAGUCCUUGAAAGCUGCUUCAGUUGAUGGAGCUUAUUCUACGCAGGGAUGCGUGUGCUCAGUGGUCCCAACACUUGGUUCUUCCUCAGACAGUGGUAUGUUAACCCAUUAUGUAAGACCAAUAAAUGCAGAGCCUGGGUUUCAGGCACAGGAAAUACCAGCAGUCAGAAUGGCCAGUUUGCUUAAGAAUGGUGAAACUGAAGCUGAGUUACCCAAAGAAACCACAGGUCUAGUCACUGAUGGCCCUCAGUCCAAUGCCACAUCUCUAAAAGGUGAAUGCGAAACCAUGCACACACUGCCAAAUGUGUCAACAUGUGAAACAAAGGAGCUGUUGAAUGUUGGAGUUUUCUCCCUUUGUACUGGUCUCUACCAAAAUACAGCAGACACCAGGGAAAAUCUCAGUAAAGAGCCUUCGGCCUCCUUUGUUUCGGAAUCUUUUGACACUUCUGUUUGUGGAGUAUCCACAGAGCACGUAGAAAUUGAGAACAGUGAGGAGGGGCACAAGGCUGAGGCUGGUUCUGAAAUCCUAGGCAGAGAUGCAGAGGUGAAUGUAAAUUCUGACAUGCACUAUGAACUGCUUUCUGGAGAUUCUGAUCUAGACCCGCUUGGUGAUUGUAGAAAUCCCAAAUUCAAUUUGGAGGAUUCUUAUACUUUAAGAGGCAGUUACACCGGGAAAAAAGAAGAUGUUGCCACAGAUGGCUAUGAAUCGUCGUCGAAAAUCCACAACAACCAAGAGGACUGGGGCUGCUCUAGCCAGGUUCCAGGCAUGGAGACAAGCCUCCCUCCCAGACACUGGACCACAGGGAUAAAGAAAGAAGAGAAGUGUGUGCCGCAUUAUGUCCAAAUCCGAGAUGUGCACGGGAUCCUCAGGACUUACGCCAACUUCUCUGUAACAAAAGAGCUCAAAGACACCACGAGAACUUCACGCAGCCUGAGGAGGCACCCAGGUUUCACUGCAAGCUGUGGCCUGCUCAGCUCAUGGACAAGCACUUGGCAGGUGGCAGACGACCUCACCCAGAACACUUUAGACCUGGAGUAUCUGCGUUUUGCACAUAAACUAAAACAGACCAUAAAGAAUGGGGAUUCUCAGCAUUCUGCCUCCUCCACCAAUGUCUUUCCAAAGGAGUUACCUACCCAGAGCUCCAUUGGUGCUUUUCCUUUGACAAAAAUACCUGAGGCCCCAGUUCUGCAUCCUGCACCUAGGAGCAGGAGCCCCCUUCUGAUAACAGUUGUGGAGUCAGAUCCCAGACCACAGGGGCAGCCCAGGAGAGGCCACACAGCCAGCAAUCUGGACAGCUCUUCCUGUUGGAGAGAGAGAUGUCACAAUAGAGAUCUUACAAAUUCUCAAAGAAAUCAGACUGUUUCAUUCCACCUCAACAAACUGAAAUAUAACAGUACGUUGAAGGAAUCUCGAAAUAUUUCACUUAUUCUCAAUGAGUAUGCUGAAUUCAACAAGGUGAUGAUGAAUAGCAACCAAGCUGUUUUCCAAGACAAAGAGUUAAAUGAUGCUUCUGGAGAAGCCACUGCUCAAGAGAUGUAUCUGCCUUUCCCAGGACGGUCAGCCUCCUAUGAAGACGUGAUCACAGACUUGUGCACCAGUUUGCAUGUCAAACUAAGAAGUGUUAUGAAAGAGGCUUGUAAAAGUACCUUCCUGUUCUACAUUGUCGAAACAGAAGACAAAUCAUUCUUUGUAAGAACAAAGAACCUUCUGAGGAAAGGAGGCCAUACAGAGAUUGAACCUCAGCACUUUUGUCAAGCUUUCCACAGAGAAAAUGAUACACUCAUCGUCAUCAUCAGAAAUGAAGAUAUAUCAUCACAUUUGCACCAGAUUCCUUCUUUGCUGAAGCUGAAGCAUCUGCCCAGUGUUGUCUUUGCUGGAGUAGACGGCCCUGGAGAUGUUCUCGAUCACACCUACCAAGAGCUGUUUCGUGCAGGAGGCUUUCUGGUAUCAGAUGACAAGAUAUUAGAAGCCUUAACAUUAGUUCAACUGAAGGAAAUCAUCAAAAUCCUGGAAAAACUAAAUGGAAGUGGAAGAUGGAAGUGGCUGCUUCACUAUAGGGAAAGUAAAAAGCUAAAAGAAGAUGAAAGAGUGGAUUCCACUGCACAUAAAAAGAACAUAAUAUUGAAGUCAUUUCAGAGUGCAAAUAUCAUUGAAUUGCUUCAUUAUCACCACUGUGACUCUCGAUCAUCAACAAAAGCGGAAGUUCUGAAAUGUUUGCUAAACCUGCAAAUUCAGCAUAUCAAUGCCAGGUUUGCCGUCUUCCUAACAGACAAGCCUACUAUCCCCAGAGAAAUCUUUGAAAAUAGUGGAAUCCUUGUUACAGAUGUAAAUAACUUUAUAGAAAAUAUACAAAAAGUAGCAGCUCCAUUUAGGAGUAGUUAUUGGUGACUCAACUGCAGCCUACCUGGAUAUGGAUGAUGCCAACAAAAAAUUACCAUUUUCCUUUUCCUUUGGAAAACUUGUGAAGACACAUGUGAACAGUCUUAUAUUUGAAAAAUCAGUGUUCUACAACUUGGAAAGUUUUCCUUUCAUUUUUUUAUAAUUUGCUGAAAUAUGUCACAGUGGCACUGUCAUUGUCUGUUAGCUUUGGGUUGCAGUGCUAGAAAUUCUUUUAAAUUAUUUUCAUUUUAAACAAGAUGCCUUCUAAGCUAUUGAGCUUAAUAUUAAAAAUACAAAUUUUACAACAUUUACUUAGUUGGAGCAAAAAUAAGUCUAUUUUAACAAAUAGUUUUGUUUUUGCAUGCUAAUGUCAGAAAGGCAUAUGACGCACAUUAUGGUCUUAACACCCUUAUAAAAACUAUCUUAAAUGGUUUUAUUUGCUAUUAUACAAACAACACUACAUAAACUUAAGACAUUUUUUCCUAAAUGGUACAAAUUUAUAAACUAUCAAUUUUCACUUACGGUUUUUGUAAAUACUACACUACAAAAAUCAGCUUUGAGAAAGAAUCAUUUAUUUAUGAUAUUGAAAUUUCUACAGUAAAAACUCAAAACCAAGCAAAAAAAAACAUUUGUAAAAUACAUGUUAUGUAUUUGGAGCAAAGGGUUUUGUAACUAAUUUGUUUCAUUUUUUAAAUAAAGACAACUAAAAAUCUC